GUGUUGAUGUAGCUAUUAUGGCUACUGCUGCCACAGCUGGGACAUGUGGGGUGCUUGUGGCACUGCUGAGCAUGUCUCUCUUAUGGGUGAAAUGGAAGCGACACAGGACUACCUUGGCUUCUUCUUCUACCACCCAAACUCUUGUUACUACACCCUCUGUAUUCUCAACAACUCUCUCUAAUAACAUUCAAGGACCUGAUCUUGGUGCAGAUGUUGCAUGGAUGGAAUCUUCUGUGCCAACUCCUCCCCCACCACCAUUUUUAUCCUCACCAUUACUGUCUUCCCAUAUCUCCCAACAGUAUCCCCAUAAACCCAUUCUUUCUUCACCCCUUUCUUUGUCACAUACAUUACUACUCCAUUCUCCAAUUAUGUCUCUGACUCCAUUGCACCCCUCAGUAACGUUGCCAUCCUCAAAUUCUUCCCCACUUGUGCCAUCACAGGCACAGUCUUCAUGGCCACUACCAUCACCACCUGCUACACCCACACCACCACCACCACCACCUCUUCCCGAGACAAGAGAAUCCAAAUGGCCAAAAUUUAUCUCUGCCUCUUUAUCUGAAUCUCCUAAACAUAAUGUCAUAGAUUCAAAAAAGAUAAUGCAUACCUCUGCUCAGAACAGCACUGAGGUUUCAGACAGGACAACUAUAAAUUCUGUAAUCCCUCAGGUUUCAGUAUCUGAUGCAGGAAGCCCUGAAAUCCAUGAGUCAUUGCAGCCAAGUACUAUACGUUCCAUAUCAACAGCAUCAGCAAUACUUAAUGUUGGGAAGCUACACAUUCCAGAGAGAGAGAGAAUUCCUAUUGAUCAGAAUGCACAUGACACAUUAGUUGGAUAUAGAGCCCCUUGUAUCAACCCCACACAUUGCUCUCACUGUCCAUACUUCACAAAACAGGUUAGUAGGUGUCAUUAUCACAGAUCGUGUGGUCUUGUACGUAGCAAUAGUUUACCUAAACACCAUACCAGUUCAGUCCAAAUUAGACAAGAGGAUAUACCUGUUGGUCACCCAUGGUCAUUCACCCCAAAGCUGAUGCGAAGUGGGUCAUGUAUUGGAGAAUAUGUUAAUGGUCAAGGAAGGGAAAGUCCAGAGGAUGUUGUAUGUUUUCCAUGUGUAUCUUCUUCACCAAGAACUAUUAAGAAAACAACUCCCAUGACACUUCAUCAGCAUGGCAGGAUAGGCUGGCCAUCAUCUCCCUGGUGCCCCCACAUGAUGCAUCACUGUACUUCUCAUGGUCAUUUCUGUCAUGGAAAUCAUGCCAUCAUAUGCUCAUCAUUUUCUUAAAUAAUCAAUAAAUUAAGGGAGAUAAUAUCUUGAUUAUGUAAUCC